UGGCUCGGAGGCUCCCCCUGGCUCGGAGGCUCCCCCUCCCCCGCCCGCCACGAGGCCCGCAGGUCCCCGUCGGCCCCGCCCCUCCGGCGGCCAGGUCCUCCAGCCGUCCCGGCAUGCCUCUCGCUCACUCGCUCGCUUUAGCGAGAGCGGCUCGGCGGGGUGCCGGGGGCUGCUGCGGGGAGCGGGCCUUUCUAGCCUGCCCUCUCGUUCUCUCUUUAGCAACAUGGCGGGCGUGGAGGCGGCGCAGGCGGCGGCCGCAGAGAGGCACCUGAACGGCGAGCUGGAGCCGGACGACAAGGACGACGGCGCGGCCGCCACGGCUGAGGAAACGGCCAAGAAGAAGCGCCGCAAGAAGAAGAAGGGCAAGGCCGGAACCGCAGGACAACAGGAAACGGAGGGAGAAUCGGGGACUUCUAUCAAUGAGGUAGUCAAACAGCUGGAAAAACAGGCCCUGGAGGACAAAGAAAAAGAGGAUGAUGAUGAAGAUGGAGAUGGAGAUGGAGAUGGAGCAGCUGGAAAGAAAAAGAAAAAGAAGAAAAAGAAGAAAGGACCGAAGGUACAGACAGACCCACCCUCAGUGCCCAUAUGUGACCUGUAUCCCAGUGGUGUGUUUCCAAAGGGCCAAGAGUGCGAGUACCCCUCAACACAAGAUGGGCGAACAGCAGCUUGGAGAAGCACAAAUGAAGAAAAGAAAGCGCUAGACCAAGCCAGUGAGGAAAUCUGGAAUGAUUUUCGGGAAGCUGCCGAGGCACACCGACAAGUAAGGAAGUAUGUGAUGAGUUGGAUCAAGCCUGGGAUGACCAUGAUCGAGAUCUGUGAAAAACUGGAAGAUUGUUCCCGUAAGCUAAUAAAAGAGAAUGGCCUAAAUGCAGGACUUGCCUUCCCUACAGGCUGCUCCCUCAAUAACUGUGCAGCCCAUUACACUCCCAAUGCUGGAGACCCCACAGUCUUGCAAUAUGAUGAUAUCUGCAAGAUAGAUUUUGGAACACACAUCAGUGGUAGGAUUAUUGAUUGUGCUUUUACUGUCACUUUCAACCCCAAAUAUGACACAUUGUUAAAGGCUGUAAAAGAUGCUACUAAUACUGGAAUAAAGUGUGCUGGAAUUGAUGUUCGCCUUUGUGAUGUUGGUGAGGCCAUUCAGGAAGUUAUGGAAUCUUAUGAGGUUGAAAUUGACGGCAAAACAUAUCAAGUGAAACCCAUUCGAAAUCUUAACGGGCAUUCAAUUGGGCCAUAUAGAAUACAUGCUGGGAAAACGGUGCCCAUUGUCAAAGGAGGAGAAGCAACAAGAAUGGAGGAAGGAGAAGUAUAUGCCAUAGAGACCUUUGGCAGUACAGGGAAAGGUGUGGUACAUGACGAUAUGGAAUGUUCACAUUAUAUGAAAAAUUUUGAUGUUGGACAUGUGCCAAUAAGACUUCCAAGAGCAAAACAUUUGUUAAAUGUCAUCAACGAAAACUUUGGUACUCUGGCCUUCUGCCGCAGGUGGCUAGAUCGCCUAGGAGAAAGCAAAUACCUGAUGGCUCUCAAGAAUCUGUGUGACUUGGGCAUUGUGGAUCCCUAUCCUCCCUUAUGUGACAUCAAAGGCUCCUACACAGCACAAUUUGAGCACACCAUCCUCUUACGCCCAACAUGCAAAGAAGUUGUCAGCAGAGGAGACGACUAUUAAACGUAACCCGAGGCCACUUCAGCCGCUUUGUAUUCUGGGCUUUGUUGGGUGUGCAACAUAUUGUCUGUUUUUAACAGUGGACCUCUGUAAUACUUUCCCAUGUGUGAAAAGGAAGGAAUUCAGUCAAAGGCAAGUCUUCUAAUGUAACUAACUGAGGAAAAAGCUUUCAGGGCUUUAGAGAGAUUUCACAAAUGUUAAAAUGUUGAAUAUUUUCUGUUCAGGAAAAUGUGCUAUGAAGCUCAAUUUUUAGUUUGGAAUGAGUUAUACAUUUUGUUUUGAACAUUUAUUCUAAAAGAUGCUUUUCAGAUAUUUAUAUUACCAUAUUCCUUGAAUGCUUUGAAUGACCACCCAAUUCUACUACACUUAAGCCUUCUGGUAUAUUGCCUUUUAAACUUCCUGGAUUCCAUUUUGUAAAAAAUAAAGACAAAUUUUCAGAUCUAAGAGAUACAUUUCAAUGUUUGUGGUCCUAAUUCUGGGCAGGAGACGGCUGUAUUUAAUGUAGAGAACCCAUGUCUUUAUAUAUAAUUAUAAUCUGGAAUGUAGUUCUAACCACUGAACCCUCCUGCUCAUGCAGUGGAUUGCACUACAGUCAGCAGUGCUCCUGUUUCUGUCUUCAUGGAUCCCCAACAUUGGUAGCCGCUGGUCUUCGAGAAUUCUUCAUUUUCUUUCUAGGACCCCGUUAGUCCUCAUUUUCUUCAAUCAAUGGAAAAGAUGAUAUAUUAACUACUUUCAAGCAUUCUGCCAACUUCUAAUCUUGUCUCACUAAAUGGAACCUUUUGCCUGAUUAUCCACACUGGAAAAAAAAUCUCUUCAGCUUUCCCAGUAGAAGACAUAACCUGGAAAAGAAACCUUUGGAGGUUGAACAAUCAAAGGAAAGCAGGGAAGUUUCUAGGCUGAAUCCUGUUCUGGACAGAACAAAUAAAAUUGUAGUUACUAGGCUCUUUGGUAGAAUGAGCCAACUUGAUGGGGUUUAAGGUUAGUAGCUUCUCAAAUCAAACCAACAUCAGGGACUUAUGGGGAUGAGUUUGCAACAAGUGUGCAAAUCUUCCCCCCCCCCCCCCCCCCCCCAUUCAGUGUGAAGGGUCAUAUUUACUUAGGUUUGAUCUGAGCCUGCUAUGUUUUUAAAGAAAAAUCCCAAUUUUUUUCUUACCUGUAAAUACUCAGUUGGGACUGUCCCAAAACAACUUUAAAGCUGUAAUGAAAUUUUUUGGCUUGAUAUUUUGUACCAAGGUAAAGCCUUAAAUAGCGGGCGUGCUUCCCGUGUUGUUAACUCAAAUUUAAGAUGUGAUUGCCUGUGGGAUAUUCUUGUCUCAGUUUUCUGUUCUUGUUCACCAUCACCAUUUUGUUCACUCGUGAAAAGAAACCUAUGACUUCCUCAGUGGCAGAGGUUUGGAGUCUCUAAAGCUUAAACCUGCAGCCUUUCAAGAGAAUGAUGGCUCCCGAUCCUUUGGGCUGCUGCCACUUUCCCCACUUGGCUCUGGGGUGAAUAGAGAAGCUAGUUCAGCCUGGGGGAGGGGGCGGGGAUGACUGAGGACAACAAAAAGCAUGCUCUGUAGUUGAAAAUGUAACUUGCCACCAUUCACAGGCAUCUCUACAGCACAGCUGUAAAGUUGUGUAUGUGUUCAACUCUCUAAUGCUAGAGCUUGAUGUGAUCCUAGUAAUGCAGAUUCCCUGGACCAAUUAUGUGCACAAGCUCCCCUCCAAGGUGACUGGCUAAUGCAGCUUUGUUGUAUGAAAUGAACUUUUGGGGGCUGUGAUCUCGUUUAAGGUAGGGAGGCUGUGGAUUUAAGAAAUGUUGGAACUACCUACUACUAUCCAUGUAUCUCUUGGAAUCAUUUUGUCAUGUUAAAAUAAUGAUGUACCUUAUUGGAUAACAAAUGAUUAGUUUGAUGUUUAAACAAUAGUGCCUUUAGUAAAUUACUUUGCAAUCAAAAAAA